UUUAAUUAAAGUAGUGGACUUCACUUUACUGAGCUUGAUUUAGAAUAACUGUACAGGGAAUACAGUAUGAACUUAUUAUAUUACAUAAUAUUACAUCUAGAAGAAGGAGCUGGUCUCUAGUGUCAUUAAAGAGCAUUUAUAUAGCAGUGUGUUUAGUAGGAUUGAGGGAGGGGGGCUCCGUGUGUUGGUACUUUUACUGCUUGUAUUAAUGGUUGUGUUAAAGAAAGUACAGCUGUUAUUAUAGGAGUUGUUAUAGGAGGCAUGGAGGCCUGUCAUUGUCAUUGGUUUUAAAUAAGCUAUACUUUUCAUUUUCUUUUCUUUCUUUUCCUUUGUUUUUCUUUCUUUUUUUGUGUAUGAAAGUUACUUAUCUGGAGUUUAUUGGGUUUUUAAAUGUUGAAUCUUGAAAUGUAUUACAUUUAUUUUUGCUUUUAAACCAUUUAAAUCAAUUCAUUCCAAUUUGUACCUUUUCUUUCUUUCUUUCUUUUAAUGUUUUAACUGAAUCAAUAUUUUGUGAAACAAGUUUUUUUUUUAUAGCAGUGAAUCUGCUUACAAUCAAUUAACAUAAAACAAUGAUGUUCAAUUAUUAAGUGAUUCUAGAAAACAUUGUGAAAGUUAUGGAAAAGCAUGCAAAUUACACACACAAAGUCACAGAAUUCUUCCUCCUCGGAUUUCCAGGAGUUUCUCCGGAAUAUUAUCCAGCGGUUGGUCUUCUCCUCCUCGCCAUUUACCUCACCAUCGCCUGCGGAAACAUUUUCAUCAUUGCGUUUGUGGCUUAUGAGAAAAGCCUCCAAAAACCGACGUAUUUAAUCUUCUGUAAUCUCGCCGCCGUGGAUUUCGCUUUCGGAACUGCGACCAUGCCCAAAAUCAUCUCUAAAUACCUGCUGAGAGAUGAAACCAUUUCUUUUCCUGCUUGUUUUAUACAGAUGUUUUUUAUUCAUUAUUUUGGAACUGUAAUCUCUUUUCUUCUGCUUUUAAUGGCGAUCGAUCGAUUUAUUGCUAUCUGUAACCCCCUCAGAUACCCUACUAUUGUUACAAACCGCUUUGUUGCAGUAACAUGUGCAGUAUCGUGGAUUAGCUGCAUCUCCUGGAUGACGGUGAUAGUUGUAGGGAUCGUGGUGGCACCGUUUUGUGACUCUAACGUUGUAACUCAGUGUUUCUGUGAUUAUAACGCAGUGGCUAAACUGGCCUGUGGUGACGUGAGAGGCCCGAGGCUAUUCGCCUUCACCUCGGCGAUGAUCGUGCUGAUAGGAUCAGUGGUUUUCAUCUUUUUCUCCUACGUUUCCAUCAUCAUAGCCGUCUUUAAAAUCUCCAACGCUCAAGGAAAGUACAAAACCUUCUCUACCUGCAGUCCUCAGCUCCUCAUCAUCUGUCUUUACUUCCUGCCCCGCUGUGCCGUCUACAUCGUGGACCUGAAAGUGCAAAUGAGCAUCGACGCUCGCAUUAUGAUCACUAUGUGGUACAGCCUCUUCCCUCCUCUGGUCAAUCCCAUUAUAUUCUGCUUCAGAACUAAAGAAAUUAGAGAGGUUUUAAUGACGAAAAUACGAAAAAGAAAAAUCAACGAUCAGCUGAAAGCUCUUUCAAGCUGAAUUCAAAUAGAAAAAAAAAAAAAAUAAUAAUAAAUAAAUAGA